ACUCCUAAACCUCCACAUUUAAAAAGUUUGAAGAAAUGAUUCCAGCAGGGCUAUAUGAAGCAAUUGCAAGAAAUGACACUCAGACUUUCAAGGACAUUGUUCGAUACAAUGGAGGAUCUCUCUUGCAGAAAACUGAAGAAACAAGAGACUCAGUGUUACACCUUGCUGCCAGGUUCGGGCAUGUUGAGCUGGUUACCUAUAUCAUCACUCUGCAUCCUGACUUUGUUUCUGUUAGGAACGUUAAGGAAGAAACUCCGUUACACGAAGCUUGUCGCCACUGGAAUACCAAUGUUGUGAAGCUGCUCUUAGAGGCCAAUCCAUAUGUGGUUGGUGCUCUUAACCAUGAAAUGCAAACUGCUUUUUACAUAGCCUGCAGUUGUGGGAAUGUUGAUGUUGUCAAGUACAUGGUAAACCAACCAGGGGUGUUAGACUUUGAACAACAUGAAGCUUCCAGUCCUCUUCAUCAUUCUAUAGCAGAAGGCUAUGAUGUCGAUAUUGUCAAGACUAUUUUGGAAGCAUGUCCCCAGUUUGCUUGGAAGUUUGACAACAAUGGGUAUUUGCCGCUGCAUUUGGCUUGCGAGAAAGGUCAGGUAGAGAUAGUAAAAACACUCUUGAGGUUCAAUCCAAACCUUUCUCUUGAACACAAUCGCUACCGUUACACACCACUGCACGUGGCUGCAAUGAAUGGUCAAAUCCAAAUCCUUGAGGAACUUCUUUUGUGGUCUCCCGGAUCCUUGAAAGUUUGCACAGGAAACGGAGAAAAUGUGUUUCAUCUUUCUGUAAGAUUCAACAGAUAUGAUGUGUUCACCUCUUUGGCAAAGAAUUAUAACCGCACCAGCCUGCUCAACCAGGCUGACAAGCAGGGUAACACAGUCUUACAUCUUGCUGUCUCUGCAGGGAACACUAGAUUAUCAGAGUACAUCAUCAGCAAUACUGCAGUAGAUGUCAAUUGUAGGAACCAAAGCGGUCAAACAGCAUUGGACAUCCUAAACGAGCAAAGCAGUUCGGCUGAUCUUAGACAUACGUUGAAGAGAUUUGGUGGCAGAACAAGUAUUGAGUUGUUCUCUUUAACCCCAAAGGUUAAUGAGAUAUAUUCUGGGACUACAACAACAUCAGAAUGUCCUAGAGCUGCACUGGAGAAAGAAUUUGAUAGGGUUUUAUGUAACACGCGUCCAGGAAGUGAUCAAUCUGAUUGUGAAAUUGGCAUGGGCCGUAUGGCUCGAAACAAUCAACAAAUGGAAAACUUUGCUACAGUACAAGCAGAGAUGAAUCCCAGUCAUGAAGUUGUGAUAAAUUCUGAUAUUCCUUUUAGCUCAGAAUCGUAUAGAACAAGUAUGAGCUCCCCAGUCUUCAGUCCACAGAAGCUUCGAAAGCUAGGAGGGAAAGUGGGUAAAAGUAAGCAAUAUGAGAUAUAUAGAGAGGCAUUGCAAAAUACUAGGAACACUAUCACAAUAGUUGCUGUUUUGAUUGCCUCAGUUACUUUUACUGCUGGCAUAAACCCACCUGGAGGUGUCUACCAGGAGGGAUGGCUUAAAGGACAGUCAGUAGUUGGCAGAACAACAGCUUUUAAGGUCUUCACAAUAAGUAACACAGCGGCAUUGUUCAUAUCUAUGUGCAUUGUUAUUUUAUUGGGACUGUGGGAUCUAUGUUCUUAUUUCUUGGUGUCACCUGGACCCGACACUGGUUGAUGAAAUUGAAAUGGAGGAAACAGCAACGUACAACUGCAACACGAGCACAGAAACAAGCACAAAGGCAAGCAGCACAAGCAGAGCAACAUGCACAAAGACAAGCAGCACGAGCAGAGCAACAAGCACAAAAACAA